CCAAUCAGCUGGAGAGCCCCCUCGGCUCGGGCUGCUGCAUGCGGGAGUUAAAAAGUGCUGCUGCCCGAGCGGGAGCCCCAGUGCGCGGCGGGCGGGCUGAGCGGCGGGCCGAGGGGCAGGAGCUGCGCUGCCGCCGCGCCGACCCGGGCCAGGCUCGGCCCCGCCGUCCCUGCGUGCCGAGAUCCUUUGAGACUGCAAAGACUAUUUGAAGAAGGAAGACGGCAUGAGAUUGGAUUCAGUGCAGUAAAGUAGGUUAGUUUGAGGACAAGACAAAAAGUGGUUAUUUAGAUUUUUCUUGUGUUGCCGUGAUGAGAACUUACCAUUGCUUCUGGCUGCUAUUUUGGGCUGGUCAGCCCCACCAAAGUUUCUUAACUUCAUUAUCCAGAAGGACUAGUGGCUUUGCAGAAAAGGAAAAGAUUUUGGUAUUGUCUGGAAGCAGCAGACAAGACCCCCAUCGUUCCAAAAGGAGCUGGAUGUGGAAUCAGUUCUUUUUAUUGGAGGAAUACACAGGAACUGACUACCAAUAUGUUGGCAAGCUGCAUUCAGACCAGGAUAAAGGAGAUGGAUCACUUAAGUACAUCCUUUCUGGAGAUGGAGCAGGAGACCUCUUCAUUAUCAAUGAAAACACUGGUGACAUCCAGGCUACAAAGAGACUAGACAGGGAAGAAAAGCCUGUAUACAUACUCCGUGCCCAGGCUAUAAACAGAAGGACUGGAAGACCAGUGGAACCAGAAUCUGAGUUCAUCAUUAAGAUCCAUGAUAUCAAUGACAAUGAGCCAAUGUUUACAAAGGAUGUUUACAAUGCCAGCAUUCCCGAAAUGUCAGAUGUUGGUACCUUUGUUGUGCAAGUCACCGCAACUGAUGCUGAUGAUCCUACGUAUGGGAACAGCGCUAAAGUUGUCUACAGUAUUCUCCAGGGACAACCAUAUUUCUCUGUCGAAUCUGAGACAGGCAUUAUUAAAACUGCUUUGCUAAACAUGGACCGUGAAAACAGGGAGCAAUACCAAGUGGUCAUCCAGGCUAAGGACAUGGGAGGCCAGAUGGGCGGAUUAUCAGGAACCACCACUGUGAACAUCACACUGACCGAUGUAAACGACAACCCACCUCGCUUCCCCCAGAGCACCUACCAAUUUAGAGCUCCUGAAUCUAUGCCACCUGAUUCACCAGUCGGCAGGAUAAAAGCUAAUGAUGCUGAUGUGGAUGAAAAUGCAGAGAUUGAAUACAGCAUCACUGAGGGGGAUGGAUAUGACAUGUUUGGAAUUACCACAGACAAGGACACACAGGAAGGAAUUAUAACUGUCAAAAAGGCAUUGGAUUUUGAAAAUAAAAACCUGUAUAUUCUGAAAGUGGAAGCUACCAACACCCAUGUGGACCCUCGAUUCCUCUACCUUGGGCCAUUCAAGGACUCAGCUACAGUCAGAAUUCAGGUGGAAGAUGUAGAUGAACCCCCUGUGUUCAGCAGACCAGCAUACAUCAUGGAAGUGAAAGAAGAUGUUCCAAUAAACAGUGUAGUAGGAACAGUAACUGCUCAGGAUCCAGAUGCUGCCAAGAACCCUGUCAAGUACUCUGUAGAUCGACACACUGAUAUGGACAGAGUAUUCAACAUCAAUUCAGGAAAUGGUUCCAUAUUUACUUCAAAACCCCUUGACCGGGAAACACUGCUAUGGCACAACAUUACAGUAAUAGCAGCAGAGAUCAAUAACCCAAAACAAAGCAGCCGUGUCCCAGUGUUCAUUAAGGUUUUGGAUGUAAAUGACAAUGCUCCAGAGUUUGCCAUGUUUUAUGAGACCUUCGUCUGUGAAAAUGCAAAGGCAGAACAGCUGAUACAAACAUUAAGUGCUGUUGAUAAAGAUGACUCUUACAGUGGACAUCAGUUUUCAUUCUCCUUAGCUCCCGAGGCAGCCAGCAGCUCAAACUUUACACUACAAGACAACAGAGACAACACAGCAGGGAUUUUCACCCGAAAAACCAGAUAUAACCGGCAUGAAAUGAGUACCUAUUUCUUGCCAGUGGUAAUAUCAGACAAUGACUACCCUAUCCAGAGCAGUACUGAAACAGUGACUAUUCGAGUAUGUGCUUGUGACCAUCGAGGAAAGAUGCUGUCCUGUAAUGCAGAAGCCUUGAUCCACCCUACUGGUCUUAGCACUGGGGCUCUUAUUGCCAUUCUUCUCUGUAUCAUUAUAUUACUUGUUACAGUGGUGCUGUUUGCAGCACUGAGGCGGCAGCGGAAAAAAGAGCCUUUGAUUAUUUCCAAAGAAGACAUCAGAGACAACAUUGUCAGUUAUAAUGAUGAAGGUGGCGGAGAGGAAGACACCCAGGCAUUUGAUAUUGGCACGCUGAGGAAUCCCGAAGCCAUAGACGAUAACAAAUUACGCAGAGACAUUGUGCCAGAAACACUUUUUAUGCCACGGCGGACUGCAACAGCACGAGAUAACACGGAUGUCAGAGAUUUCAUUAACCAAAGGUUAAAGGAAAAUGAUACAGAUCCAACGGCACCCCCGUAUGACUCGUUAGCAACCUACGCGUAUGAAGGUAAUGGUUCCGUGGCCGAGUCCCUCAGCUCCUUGGAGUCGGUGACUACGGAUGGAGAUCAGGAUUAUGAUUACCUCAGUGACUGGGGGCCUCGGUUUAAAAAGCUGGCAGAUAUGUAUGGCGCAAUGGACAGUGACAAAGACUCUUAAUAUGUUGCCUUUCUUUUUUUUUUCUUUUUUGUUUCCCUUCCUCAUUUUUGGAAACAGCAUUGAGAUAUGUGAAGUGGCUAUUUAUCUCUAUUUUUCCACAGCUGUGUGAAAGGGUUCUCUGUUCUACCCAUUUAAAUUGUAAAAUGACUGCAGUCUGUGUGGAUCAGCCAUCAGAAAACCUUUUCUAGUAUCAUUUUAUGAGCUUCCAAGGGGCAAAAUUCUUAUUUUUUAGUGCAUCCAGUUUACCAAGCCAAUCUUACAGGCACAGCCGUAGUGGAGGGGGAAAAAAGAUCAGAUGGGGAGCAAUAUUUUUACCUGUUCUGCUUAUAUUGUAAAUUGGAGUAUAUUACUGUUUAAGCUCACUUGCUCUUUUUACUUGUAUUCAGACUAUUCAGCUCAGAUGACUGCUCUGUUGAUUGUGUAUUGCACAUCCCAAUGUAAUGAGGUACCCUAGUUUACCCUAUGUAUUAUAGUCAAAAGUAGUGGUGAUGGAAUGAAGGUUUAUUAUACAAGUAGAGUAAGUUGAGAAAAAACAUCAAACAUGCAUUUUACUCAUGAGGAGGGUAGAAAAGCCUAAUGGUUUUUUAAACCUAAGUGUUUUUCUAGAACUCGCCAUUACCCCCAGUGCACUGAAUCAUAUUAACACACACAUAUAUAUAGUUCAUUGACUACUAUGUAUAUAUUCUUCUGACCCACCAUUGCUGGAGAGAUACGUGUGCGUGCAUGCGUGUGUGGUUAGCAGCUCCAAUACCUAAUUCUUAGAUGAUUUCCCAGUUCUAACCCAGAUCUGCCUUGUGAUACAGGGUAAGUCAUUUAACCCAACUCCAGAUUAGAUCAUGACUUAGAGGAAGGAGCAGAUAACUGUUCUUCAUACAUCUUCGGUCAGCCUCCACCUGCACAUCAGUUCAGUGGUGGCCACUGCACUGGGGAGGUGGGAGUCAGGCUUUUCAUAUCCAUCUACUUCUGCCUCUUGUCACACGAAGGAAGGGAUUAGUAGCAGCCCCAAGGUGACUGCCACACAUUGGGGCAACAGGAGCAACUGCAAAGGAGGAAACAGUGUUUUCUUUGUCCUGACCUUCCCUGCCUGGAUGCCGAGGGUGGCUUCCUCACUGACUGGCCAGUUUUGCUAUCUGUAAAGUGAGGAAAUAAUGCCUACCUCAUGAGGAUGUCAAACUAUAUAAGUCAUUUGGAAAAUGCUCUAGCAAUGGAAAAUGCUGGCAUUCUGCUGGAGAAAGUAAUUUCUCAUGCUUUUUGGGUGGUUGUUUUCUUUUUUUUGGGGUUGUUUUUUUUUUCCUUCCCAGAUUCAAGCCCUGAAUGCACAAGUAAGCGAGAAUCAAUUGUCAUUCCAGUGGCCUGAAAAUUAGGUUUUAUAGCUAUAACUCAUUUUUUAAAAUAAACUACUCAGCCAGGUUUGUUAAAGACUUCACCAAAAGGUAAAAUUUUAAUUACAAGUCUGUGUGUGUGUGUUUAUCUGCUUUGCCAAGCUAAGGGGUGGGGGAAGAUACCGUAGUCUCAGACCAAAAUUAUUUUCUUUAUAACUUGUACACCACUCAGUAUUUCUGUUGGUUUGUCAAAUGCAUGCAGUUGCUGCUCUUCAAAUCCAGCCUCCUAGGAGAGGCUAUCUGGAGAAAACCCUAAGGAUCUGCCACGGAUCAUACCCAAUUCCAGGAGCUAAAACUUACCCCGUGUCCCAACGUAGGGACACAGCCCAUGGCACUGUGCCAAGGAAAGGAGUUUAUUUUUAAUAUACCUCAUACAUAACUAAUCUCAUGUAUUUCAUUUUGAAACGGUAUUUAAUACUGGAAUUACAGGCAUGGAUCUAUUUCCCCCCUCCCCCUCAUCCUAAGUGAAUCAGUUUGAAAACCAAACAACAGCUCUGAUUUACUCUAAAAAUAAAAAGAGAAGGGAAAAAAGUUAAUAAACAGAAAAUUAAAAGGGAUUAAAAAUUAAUCCCUGGAAUUCAUUACUCCUAGAGAGUUAAAUAAAGAGAGCAGUAAGAUUCGUAAGUAUUAGAGUUUUACAAGCACGACGACAUAAUUUCAGGUUUGGUGAAUGGGCUGAUGGCGCGGGGGGUGAGCCAGCCACGCUGCAGCGCCCGGCUGCACCUGGGGAGGACCCUGUGCCAUGCAGAGGAGGACACUGCACAUUUGCAGCUCUAGGGCAAGGCAUGAUGGCUCACAGUGCCCAGCAUGAUAGAUUGGGUGGGUUUUCAGAGCAGUGGAGCCCAGAGUUUCAAAGGGUGCAGAGCUCCUGGUCUCCCUGAUGGAGGCCUCUCAGAGUGCUUCAGCCCAGCAGUGAGGCGCCCAGCUCCAUCGUCGAGGGGAGUUGAGGCUGUUGCACCUGGCACAACGGCAAUGGCACGACUAGGCCCUUACUGUGCCCUCCUGAGGGCCCCUCAGUAAUUUACAGUGAUAAAAGUCUUUGAAAGUCUUGCCCUUCAUGGCUUCAUUGAAACCAGAGUGUCCAGGAGGCAACAGAUCCUGGCUGUAGCACCACAGGAGGGACCGUCUGGGUCUCAGACAGGUGGAGAGCAGCAGAUGCUCAGCACCACCUGCCACAGGCCCCUCACUUGAGGCUGCUCUCCUCAUACAGCCGGCAGAGACAGCGUACCCCUCGCGAGGCUCUCGCCAGCGGCUCCCUAAGACUGGCCUGCAUCUCACCCUUCACUGCAUGGGGCUGCCACAAGCAAAUCGCCUCAAGCUCAGCGAGCCCAGCUGGGUGCCCAAAGCCAGCCAGUGAACUGGCCCUUCCCCUCCUCAGCCCUGAGGAAACAGAUCUGUGUGCAGAGGGGAUGGCAGAGGUGGCUGCAAACCGCACAUGCCUUGGGCCCUGCGAGCCACCCCGAGCUCACAGGGAAGAGGGAGCCACCGCCAACAGACUUUGCACCCUGAAAGGUCCCGGCCACCCCCCAGGUCAGCUUGCGUUAGCCGCUCCUUGGGGUGGAAUGACAAGACAGGAGGAUCACUUAUCUCCUUGUAACUACUUUCCUAUAUUUGUACAGUGAUUUUGUCUGAUUUAAUGAUUGCUAGUAGUAGUCCAAGCACAAGUUUGGGGAUUUUUUUUUCCUUUUUUUUUUUUCUUUUAAUUGGAAGUUGUUUUUAUCUUGUCCACUGAGUGACACAGUAAAUAAUAGAGUGGCUACUUGUGCCUGUUGUGUAAAUAUAUUAUAUAUAAAAUUAUGUUAUGUCACCACAGAUAUGAUGCCUGAAUAGCGAAUGGAUUCUUCUAAGAAAAUUCAAGGCAAACUUGCAUCCAAAUUAUUGUUUAUGCAUCUAGGUUGCAAGCUCUAUUUUUCCUGAAAAUUAGACAGAUUUAAAUCUCUCACAGCAAGAAGUGUUCAAUUCUGUCUUUUCUUCUUGUUUGGCAGUACCGCAAAGUGCAAUUUAUAAAAUCAGUACUGCAUAUUAAAUAUUGAAAGUGCCAUAUUGCAGUGAAUACAAAACUUUACAGUAGUAUUUCUUUGCACUUUGUUGCAUGCCAGCGUGCUAGAUGAUAGAAGUCAGUAUUUAACAAUGCUUUCGCACAAUGCAAGAAUUGUCAUGAAUAGAUAAACAAAUGUUAGACUAUGGGUUUUGAAGUGGGGCUGUUUUAAGCCUGCUUUUCUUACAACCACACCUAUUUGAGAAAAAGAAAUAUUGUUAGGAAGUUUAGCUAUGCCAGAUAGAGAGAUGAGCAAUGCAGUAGGCUUUAAAGUUGGAAAAGCAUCCGAUCUAACAGCAGGGUAUCUAUUAAAAGACACCAAGGAAUUCAGUGGAGUUAACAUUAAACCAGGACGUUGUUUACAUGAGAGAUUUUUCCAGCCUUACUACUGCAAAACAAUAACAUCUCUACACUUGAAAUAGCUUCUAGUACAGCUAUUUCAUCCCAGUUCCAAAACAGGCCACUUUAUUUUAGAAAAAUGAUUAUUUUUUUUCACUCCAGAAGAAUGAUUAUUUCAGGUUAAAAUCAAUUCUGUCCAACAGCAGUACCAGUAUGGGGAGACAUGGCAGCAGAUGCCUCCAGUGCAGUUGCACCAGGACAACUCGCUAUGUAGACAAACAUUUGGAAGAGCUGAGGCAGAAAUUUGCAGCGAGCUCUGAACAAGAGAAUUUAAGGGUUUCCACAGGGCUCCACUGACAGUACCACAGGAUUGGGAUGUGUUUCCAAACCUGACUUAGACAGAGAUAUAUCUAACCAUAAGAAAAACAAGUUGUCUGUGUUUUCCAGUUAUUACUGAUAAAAUAAUUGCUGGGAAAGAUUCUGCAUAGAACAACACUACACUUGUACCUACACUAUUAUUUUCUAAAUUUAUCCUAAGAAACAGAUAUAUUUUUCUGACAUUCUUUAUUUUGUUAGUUGUCAGGUCUUAAUGCAUUUUAUGGACAGGUAUUUCCUAGCUGUUAAAUGUGAAUGGGAGAGGCAACCUUACAAUGAUUCAGUUUUGGAAGUAGCAGGCUACAUUACAGGGCACAACAUUUCCAUUCCUCUGUCACAAGAAAACACAAACAAAACAAAACAACAACAAAAAACCACAAAACCCAACUAACUGAAUAUCUGCAGUACCAUAAAAAGCAGAAUGGUCAUAAAGAAGUAGAGCAGGGAGAAAUGGCUCUGGGAAUGUCUGUCUGCACAUGUACAGUAUGAAUAAAAAGGGAAAUCCUGGACAUUGAAAGUUGGCCAUGUUUGAAAACCAGACUUUUCCAUGUUGAUCAGGGCCAACGCUGCACAGUCACUUCUAAUACUUCCAGGUUUCCUACAGCAGCCAGAGGGAGAUUUGCAUGACUAGGAAGACAGAAAUCACGUUUUUCAGAGCAAGCAAACUAAACCCAGGUCAUUUCCAUGCAGAUUUCUAGGAAAGAAAGUCCUUUUGUCAUGAUUAUUACUAAAAUGUGUUAAAUUUCUGCAGCAGAUCUAUCUUGAUGGCCUUCUGCAGGGUGAAUUACAGAGCGAUUCUGAACAGGUAACUCUGAACACCACAUUGUUAGCUCUUCCUGUCGCCAUCUGUUUUAAAUUUGUCCGUGUUUCCUUUGGCUAUAAGUAGUUUCAGAAGACCACUGUCCCAGCUGGAUGCUGCCAUCCCCUGCCCAUUUGUGUUUCAAUUAACACGACAGUCAGAGCUCCCUUGUCAAAUGAGAGCUGACCAAAUUAAGUCAUUACACUACUUCCAAUGACUGUGAAUGAUGUUGUAAGUUGUGAAAGGCAGGGGUUUUUUCCAACCCUUCUAGACCUGUGAAACAGCAGCUGCCUCUAAUAAAUGUCAAAAAUGCAACAUUUUUUAUUUUCAGUUUAGUCUUCAGAAAGACUUGUUUUCUUAGAGAAUGUUUCUGUACUGAAAGAAGAGGAACAAAAUCAUAUUUAAUGUCUACAGCUUCAUGCAUUGCUGCAGAAGUGAGGGAAAAAAACACAGCAGCCAAUGCAAUGUUUUAAUGCCAGACUCUCCUCUCAGUAGUUUUAUUUAGACAGAGCUGAAACAAUCUUGAUCCUGCCCAUCACUUUGCAAUAUUACACUUUUCAGCUCAGACCCGCAUUUGUCAUACAAUAAACACUUACCCAAACAGUUCAUAAAAUUCAGCAGGAGGUAUCUAAAAGCCAUGGCUGGGAUUACAGGGUGUACAACAGUUAGAGAACUGGGACUUUCAAAGGAUAGAAAGUGAAUUGCAUGGGGGUGGGGGCUAGGUAAUCAGUCAUAUGCAAAGCAGGCCCAUGGCACUUAGAAGCCACAAAACUAUCAUAUUAUGCAUAGAGUUACUGAAUUUCAAAGAGCUUUUACAGAACCUGCUCUUUUUUUUUUCUGCAUGUGUCUUUUGCUUUCUUAAAAAAAAAAAAAAAAAGGAAGGGAAAAAAAAAAAGAGCUGCUAACUUCAAAUUUCUCCUUCCACAAGGUCGAUUUAACAGAUAAGGCAUAAGUCCAGCCUAUAGAGAAAUCCUUUCCACUCCCAUGGGCUUUUGACCUUUCCUAUGAGACUGCACUAUAUAUGUAAAUAUACCUGGAGACACUUUCUAUGAGCUUUUAGUUUUCUAUGAUCUAUUACUUUAGUGUUUAUUAAAGAAACAAAUGUAUAGAACUAUUAAUCAUUCAGGUGAACACAGCAAAGAAACAACACUGCAAACACAAAAUUGUUCUGAAUUUUGACACAUAAAACUCUUCAAAAUCACUGUACUGUUUUAAUUCUGUGAUUACUUUCAUUGCUUUGAAAAAUUAAACUUAAAAGAAAGGCCUUACAAUAAAUGCUAUGUGCAUCUUAACUGUGUUACUGAGCAAAAUCAAUCUGGCAAACUCUUAUUGCGAUUUGUGAUUUUUAAACCCUAAAAAUAAAUGCUUCUCAAUAUUGAUUUUUUUUUAAUUAAAAAUACUUCCAAACAUAAAUUGAAACUGAUGCCACCACCUGGGAAGAUUUACUUGCUGGCAUGCUCAAGCCACACAGUCUCUCACGAUGUCAUCCCCUGGUUGUGCCAAGGGAGCCUCAGCAUCGGAUGGAUCUGGUCAUGGCUCAGCACAGAGGAUCGAUUGCAGGCAAUACAAUUUUUGACACCCAAGAGAUUUACACCUAGAAGCUUCCCUGUGUUGCAGAGGGACCUAUGCUGGAAUGAUUAUCUCUUCUGUAGUGUGGAUGGGCAAUCUGUUGUGGUCAGAUGGCAAUCGCGCACUCUUUCCCUUACAUCUCCUGUUCACUGUACUGUCUUCUUUGUUGGGGGUGGGGGCAGGGAGAAAUGAAAUUUAAGGAUAUAAUGAGAAACCAAUUUCAACAACAAUUUCUCACAGACAGUGAGUUUGCCUUUUUGCAAAUUGAUUUUUGUAACAAGUUAUUUAUAUGA